AUGACCCACAGGGACAAUGGAAUUCCUCUCCGCAGUCUGAAGAUUGUGACUCUUCUUGUUGCUCUAAGCCCAGAACUUCUAUUCCUGGGAGCUGGAGUACAGCUUCAGGACAAUGGAUAUGAUGGAUUACUCAUUGCAAUUAAUCCACAGGUACCUGAGAGUCAGAAUCUCAUCCUAAACAUUAAGGAAAUGAUAACAGAAGCUUCUUUUUACCUGUUCAAUGCUACCAAGAGAAGAGUGUUUUUUAGAAAUAUACAGAUUUUAAUACCUACCACAUGGAAAGCUAAUAAUUACAGCAAAGUAAAACAAGAAUCCUAUGAAAAGGCUAAUGUCAUAGUGACUGAUUGGAAUGGAGUAAAUGGAAAUGAUCCAUAUACCCUACAACACAGAGGGUGUGGGAAAGAGGGAAAAUAUAUUCAUUUCACAUCUAACUUUCUCCUGAAUGAUGACUUGACAACUGCCUAUGGAUCUCGGGGCAGAGUGUUUGUCCACGAAUGGGCCCAUCUCCGUUGGGGUGUGUUUGAUGAAUAUAACAAUGAUAAGCCUUUCUACAUAGAUGGCCAAAAUGAAGUUAAAGUAACAAGGUGUUCAUCAGACAUCAAAGGCAUUUUUGUUUGUGAAAAAGGCCCUUGCUCCCAUGAAGAUUGUAUUAUUAGCAAGCUUUUCAAAGAAAGAUGUACGUUCCUCUACAAUAGCACCCAAAAUGCAACUGCAUCAAUAAUGUUCAUGCAAAGUUUAUCUUCCGUGGUUGAAUUCUGUAAUGCAAGUACUCAUAACCAAGAAGCUCCAAACCUACAGAACCGAAUGUGCAGCCUGAGAAGCACAUGGGACGUAAUUAUGGAUUCCUCUGACUUCCGUCUCAGUUUUCCCAUGAACAGGACUGAGCUUCCACCUCCUCCCACAUUCUCUGUUGUACAGGCCAGCGACAAAGUGGUCUGUUUGGUGCUGGAUGUGUCUAGCAAGAUGGCAGAGGCUGAUAGACUCCUUCGACUACAACAGGCAGCCGAAUUCUACUUGAUGCAGAUUGUUGAAAUUCAUACUUUUGUGGGCAUUGCUAGCUUCAAUAGCAAAGGAGAGAUCAGAGCCCAUUUACAGCAAAUUAACAGCGAUGAGGACCGAAAGCUGCUGGUUUCAUAUCUGCCUACUCUUGUGUCAGCUGAAGCAGAAACUAGCAUCUGUUCAGGGCUUAAGAAAGGAUUUGAGGUGGUUGAAAAGCUGCACGGAAAAGCUGCUGGCUCUGUGAUGAUAUUAGUGGCCAGUGGGGCUGAUGGGCACAUCGGUAACUGCUUGCCCACUGUGCUCGGCAGCGGUGCCACCGUUCAUUCCAUAGCCCUGGGGUGCUCCGAGGCUGGGAAACUGGAGGAAUUAUCACAUCGCACAGGUGGCUUAAAGUUCUGCAUUCCAGAUAAAUCAAACUCUAAUAGCAUGGUAGAUGCUUUCAGUAGAAUUUCCUUUGGCACUGGAGACAUUUUUCAGCAAAGCAUUCAGCUUCACAGUGUGAGUGAAAAUGUUAAACCUUACCAUCAACUGAAAAGCACUGUGAGUGUGGAUCACGAUGUGGGAAAUGACACUGUUUUUCUAGUCACGUGGCCGAGCAGUGGUCCCCCUGAGAUUGUGUUAGUUGAUCCUACUGGAAGAAAAUACUACACAAAUAAUUUCACUACCAGUCUAGCUUCUCAAACAGCUAGCCUUCGCAUUCCAGGAACUGCCAAGCCUGGGCGCUGGACUUACUCCCUGAACAGUACCCACCAUUCUCCUCAAGCCCUGACAGUGACUGUGGCCUCCCGCGCCAGCUCUGCUGUGCCCCCAGCCACUGUAGAAGUCUUUGUGGAAAAGGACAGCACUCAUUUUCCCGAUCCUGUGAUGAUUUAUGCAAAUGUGAGAAAGGGGUUUUAUCCCAUUCUUAAUGCCACUGUCGCUGCUGUUAUUGAGCCAGAGACUGGAGAUCCCGUUACGCUGAAACUUUUUGAUGACGGAGCAGGUGCUGAUGUCAUUAAAAAUGAUGGAAUUUACUCGAGGUAUUUUUUCUCCUUCGCUGUAAAUGGUAGAUAUAGCUUGAAAGUGCACGUCAGUCACUCUCCCAGCAUAAGCGCCCUAGCCCACUCUAUCGCAGGAAGUCAUGCUCUGUAUGUACCAGGUUACAUAGUGAAUGGUAACAUUCAGAUGAAUGCUCCAAGGAAAUCAGCACAUAGAAGUGAGGCAGAGCAACAGUGGGGCUUUAGCAGAGUAAGCUCAGGGGGCUCCUUUUCAGUGCAAGGAGUCCCAGACGGUUCCCAUCCUGACCUCUUCCCACCAUGCAAAGUUGUUGACCUGGAAGCUGUUAAGAUGGAAGAGGAAGUGACUCUAUCUUGGACAGCACCUGGAGAAGACUUUGAUCAGGGUCAGGCUACAAGUUAUGAAAUAAGAAUAAGUAAAAGCCUACAGAAUAUUCGAGAUGACUUUAACAAUGCCAUUUUGGUGAAUACAUCAAAGCUAUACCCUCAGCAGGCUGGUACCAGAGAGAUAUUUACAUUCUCACCCAGAAUUUUUACAAACGGAUUUGAACAUCAACCUGAAAGAGGAACACAAGAAAACCACAGAAUGUAUGUGGCCAUUAGAGCAAUGGAUAGGAACUCUUUGAAGUCUGCUGUAUCUAACAUUGCCCAGGUGACUCUGUCUAGUCUUCCAUACUCUGCUUCUGCACCUGGCAGAGAUCGUCUUAUAUGGAAAGGAGUUUUAACAUCAGUGACUAUGAUAGGAAUCAUUUGCUUUGUUAUCAUCAUAACACAUUUUGCUUUGAACAAGAAAAAGAGCAGGCAAGGAAGAGAAUGGGACAAAAUUACUAUGAACAAAUGUACAGAGUACCUUCCUUCUUAG